GAAACAAAUCAUGCGGCAUUUAUGGGCAUUAAUGCUGAGAGCAAUAUGAGACAAACAAUGACUUAACUCCUGCAGAAAUGUUUAAAUUAUCAUCUCAUUAUUGACUGCUUCAAUGCAUGAUAUCAAGCGCAGCGUGAGAAAUAAAAGAGAGAAAAUUAUCUUUGGCUUACUGAAUACCACCAACGCUGUCUCUAGCUUUUUCGAAGAGGCUUAGAAUAGAGAGCUGCUAGAGAUCACCUCAGACUUGGCAAGCAAAGCAGGGAAAACAUCACCCGAGAAAAAAAAAUGGCUUCUUUUUGGAGCUCGGAAGGUUGGUUCCCUUCGAUGUGUUUAACAGAGAGCUUUGAUUUGGGUUCCUCCUGCACGCAGAGACUAUUAAUAGAUAUUCUUAACCUUUUCUUCCUUCUGAAUUUUAUGCUGGCGUUAACGAUAAAAGCAUGCAGAAGGCAUAAUAUAAUCAAUAAAAAUAGAAGGCGGCACUGGGAUUCCAUUAUUAUUUCAACCCUCUGCGUAAUCAUGGGUGUUGCAUACUUUAGUAGAACUUGUUGGACUUUGUACAACGAAAGAAAACAUAUUCAUUGGGACCAAGUUGUAGUUCUCUCUUUAAGGGGAGUAAUCUGGGUUGUUUUGUCAAUUUCUGUAAAUGUUCAUCCUAAUAAUUGGUUGGAAGCCAUUCUGCAGGUCUGGUGGGCUUCAUUUGCGCUUUUUAUUACAGCCCUUAAUGUAAAGGAUCUUGUUGAAAAUCAUAGCCUUCCAAUACUUGUUAUCAUACAAUGGAUUGUAAACUUGCUGCUGCUCUACUAUGCUCUCAAACUGAUCAUCAAAAACAAACUCAAUGGAAAACCUGCAAGUGAGAGCCUAUCACAGACCCUGUUAGAAAAAGAAAAUGGUAUUUCAAAUCUCAGCAAAGCUGGUAUCUUUAGUCGCCUUACCUUUACAUGGCAAAAUCCCUUACUUCGAUUGGGCCGUUCAAAAACAUUAGAACUCAAUGACAUCCCCUCUUUGAAUGAUGAAGAUGAAGCAAUUCAUGCUUACAAUACUUUCUCCACUGAAUGGGAUCUUAUCAUCAGGAGCAAAGAAAGGACAAGAAACUUGGUCCUUUUUGCAUUGGCAAAAUGUUACAAAAAGGAAAUGAUAAUAGUAGGAUUUUAUGCACUUAUGAAAUCAAUAUCCACUGCAGUUUCUCCUUUGAUAUUAUAUGCAUUUGUGUGGUACUCAAGGCUUGAGCACAAAGAGCUCAGCAAAGGCAUGGUUUUAGUAGGAUGCUUGCUAAUAGUCAAGUUGGUUGAUUCUUUAUCUCAGAGGCAUUGGUACUUCGACUCGAGAAGGUAUGGCAUGAGGAUGAGGUCUGCAGUAAUGGCAGCUCUUUACCAGAAGGAGCUAAGGAUAUCAAGCCCGGGCAGGUUAAGACAUUCUACAGGUGAGAUUGUUAACUACAUUGCUGUCGAUGCAUAUAGGCUUGGGGAUUUCCCUUGGUGGUUUCACAUGGCAUGGAGUUUUCCUCUCCAGCUUCUCGUUUCAGUAGCCAUACUCUUCAGAACUGUGGGAAAGGGAGCCCUUCCAGGUAUCAUUCCUUUGGUUAUUUUUGGCUUCAUCAACAUUCCUGUUGCAAAGAUUUUGCAGCACUUUCAGUCACAGUUCAUGGUUGCUCAAGAUGAGAGGCUAAGAGCUACAUCUGAAGUCCUGAACAGCAUGAAGAUCAUAAAAUUACAAUCAUGGGAAGAAAAUUUCAGAAAAAAAAUUGAAGCCCUGAGAGGUGUUGAAUUUAAAUGGUUGAGAAAAAUUCAAUUGACAAAGUCCUGCGGAGCAGCACUGUAUUGGAUAUCACCCACAGUUGUUUCUGGAGUGAUUUUUGCAGGUACUGCAAUCAUGAGAAGUGCUCCUCUAAAUGCGGGUACCAUCUUCACGGUUCUAGCAACUCUCAGAGUUAUGUCAGAACCAGUAAGGAUGCUUCCUGAGGUUCUUUCUGUACUGAUCCAAGCUAAGGUUUCCUUGGACCGAAUCGAUAGCUUCCUGCUAGAGGAUGAAAUUAAAGAAGACAGAGAGAAGAAAAUCCACCUAGAACACUUGAAUCUUGUUGCUGAAAUAAAAAAUGGCAUCUUCAGUUGGGAACAGAGUUCUAUUGCUCCUACAUUAAUCAACAUAAACUUGCAGAUAGCAAAAGGGCAAAAGAUUUCUGUUUGUGGCUCAGUUGGUUCUGGAAAGUCAUCACUAUUAUAUGCACUACUAGGGGAGAUUUCAAAAAUUACCGGAUCAGUUUACUUGAAUGGUACCACUGCGUAUGUUUCACAGACAUCUUGGAUUCAGAGUGGAACACUGCGUGACAACAUACUCUAUGGAAAGCCAAUGAACAAGAAAGCAUAUCAGAAUGCUAUCAGAUGCUGUGCACUGGAUAAGGAUAUUGAGAAUUUUGAUCAUGGAGACCUUGCAGAGAUAGGACAGAGAGGGCUAAACCUGAGUGGAGGGCAAAAACAGAGAAUUCAACUGGCUAGAGCUGUGUACAAUGAUGCAGAUAUUUAUCUUCUUGAUGAUCCCUUCAGUGCAGUUGAUGCACAUACAGCAUCAACCCUCUUUCACGACUGCGUUAUGACUGCACUAGAAAAUAAGACUGUCAUUCUAGUGACUCACCAAGUAGAGUUCCUUCCUCAAACGGAUAGAAUCCUGGUAAUGGAAGGAGGGAAAAUCAUACAAACAGGAAGGUAUGAAGACCUUCUGAAACCAGGAACAGCAUUUGAGCGGCUAGUUACUGCACACCAGUUUUCAAUUACAACAAUAAAUUCUUCAGAUGAUGAAAACAGAAAAACAACUUCAGCAGAAGUUCAUCUACAAGUAAACAGAUUGCUGCCUAUGAAACAGAACAGCGAGGGAGAGAUCUCAGUCACAAGCUUAUCAGCAGUGCAGCUUACAGAAGAGGAAGGAAUGGAGAUAGGAAAUGCUGGAUUGAAGCCAUAUAAGGAUUACAUUCAGAUUUCCAAGGGAUUAUUCCUUUUUGCCUUAAUAAUCACCUUCCAAUCAGUUUUUAUUCUUCUUCAGGGUCUAUCAAAUUACUGGUUGGCUGCAGUCGUCCAGAUUCCUCAUAAAAGUGAUGCCAUGUUAGUUGGAGUUUUUUCAGCAAUUUCAACGGUAGGCUGUGUCUUCUUAAGCGUAAGAAGCGUGUUAACAGCACUUCUUGGACUGAGAGCAUCAAAGGAAUUUUUUUCUGGCUUCAUGGAUUCAGUGUUCAAGGCUCCCAUGGCAUUUUUUGAUUCUACCCCUUUAGGAAGGAUCUUAACUCGGGCUUCUUCAGAUUUGAGUAUUGUUGACUUCGACAUACCGUAUUCUAUUUCUUUUGUGCUAAUAGGUGCAAUUGAAGUUGUAACAACAACAGUGAUAAUCGCGACAGUGACAUGGCAAGUUCUUCUUGUAGCUGUUCCCGCUUUGAUCAUCACUGUUUGGGUUCAGAAUUAUUAUCUAGCAUCAGCAAGGGAGUUGGUGAGAAUCAAUGGGACAACAAAGGCACCUGUUAUGAAUUUUGCAGGAGAAUCUUUGCUUGGAGCUGUAACAAUAAGAGCUUUUGGGGCAGUUGAAAGGUUCUUCCAUACAAAUUUAAAACUUAUUGAUACAGAUGCAAAGCUAUUCUUCCACACUGUUGCUGCCAUGGAAUGGGUGCUACUGAGAGUGGAAGCACUUCAAACUUUGACAGUACUUACCUCCACUGUAUUUCUCGUUUUACUUCCUCAGGGAACCAUUGCUCCAGGUUUCUCCGGUCUCUGUCUUUCCUAUGCUCUCACACUAUCUUCAGCCCAAGUGUUUCUAACUCGUUGGUACUCCAACAUCGAAAAUUAUGUCAUCUCUGUGGAGAGAAUCAAACAAUUCAUGCACAUUCCAUCAGAACCCCCUGCCAUCAUUUAUGAGAACAGGCCAUCACCAUCAUGGCCGCAUCAAGGAAGAAUUGAUUUACAAAACCUUAAGAUAAAAUACCGCCCAACUGCUCCCUUUGUUCUUAAAGGCAUCACUUGCACUUUGAAGGAAGGAUAUAAAGUGGGUGUGGUUGGAAGAACAGGAAGCGGAAAAACGACUCUUAUAAGUGCUUUAUUUCGGCUGGUGGAGCCUUCUAGUGGAAGCAUUCUUAUUGACAAUCUGAACAUUUGCUCCAUAGGUCUAAAGGAUCUGAGGAUUAAGCUCAGCAUAAUUCCUCAAGAGCCUACCCUUUUUAGGGGCAGCGUCAGAAGCAACUUGGAUCCUCUUGGAAUGCACAAUGAUUUUGAGAUAUGGGAGGCUCUAGAGAAGUGCCAGCUCAAGUCCACCAUUAGCAAACUUCCAAACCUCCUCGAUUCAACAGUGAGCGAUGAUGGUGAGAACUGGAGUAUUGGGCAGCGCCAACUCUUUUGUCUCGGCAGAGUCGUCCUCCGAAAAAACAAAAUUUUAGUUCUGGAUGAGGCAACCGCAUCCAUUGAUUCAGCUACAGAUGCCAUCCUCCAAAAAGUUAUCAGAAAGGAGUUCUCCAACUGCACGGUGAUAACAAUAGCUCACAGAGUUCCUACAGUAAUUGAUAGUGAUAUGGUUAUGGUGCUUUCCUAUGGGAAAAUUGUGGAGUAUGACAGACCAUCAAAUUUGAUGGAGAUGAAAGACUCCGACUUUGCCAAGCUUGUUGCAGAGUAUUGGUUGAAUUGUCAGGGGAACACUGCUUCAAUGAACAACUUAUGAAACCUUCGUGGGGGAAGUUAAUGUGGGAUUAUGUAAGUUGCAGACAAUUGUUUAGCAUUCAUGGUAUCGUUGGACAGGAGAGGGGAGGCAUUGAGAAGAGAAAUCUAGAUGUUCGCUAGGCAUUAUAAAAUAGAGAAUCAUGCUGCCCCAAAGGUGGAAGGAAACCAUAUCUAGACUGCGAAGGAACACAGGCUCUUUCCUGCUAGUGGCUUGGAGAAAUUUAAAUAGUUUGAAAAUUGGAAGUUGCUUUAUUUAUUUAUUUUUAUUUGUUUUUUUGUUAUGAUUUAUGUACGGGAAAUAAAAGGUUUGCAGGAAUUUUACUCA